UCGUAAGCCAGCAUAGCAAUCGCAUCGGUACCCGGCCGGCUCUAGCGCGGACGGCCCGCAGACGGAGUGGGCGAACGGCAGCAGCUGGAGCCGGCGUCCAGCGCAGCGCGCUCGCAUCGGAUUCUUUGGCUGUUUCGCCCGCGCGACGACCCACAGCGGUAGCUAUGUCGUCGUCGACGGACAUCAUACGCUUCCACCUGAUCCUCGCCGUAGUCCCGAGUUUCGCACACGCGGAGAACAGCGUCAAUGUUCGGGACGAUCGCCGCGCAGGUGGAUCGUGUUGGCAGCGUCGCGGUCAGAAACGGUAGCGGUACGACCGAAACCUCUGCUGGACCACUUCCUGCUGCUCAGACGUCGUUCGACAUUCGGAUCGCACAGCGUACAAAGGGCGGGCGGCCAAAGCGUAGGUGUUCCGACACUGACCAUGAUGCAGCUGUGUCGUCUCGCUCUGGAGCCACUGUGGCAGCAGCAGCGCGAUCCUCCGAACAUUCGCGGAAGAGCAGAUCCGCUCCUGCCGCCGCGCAGUACCGAUUCUGCCGUCUCACGCGACGCAGCGUUCGCUGGCACACUGCAAUGGCGUCGGCGGGUAAUAGGCGAGUUGAAGAUGCCGUUGGACCCAUCGCUGCAGUCUUCGCUCUGUCUUCGGUGAUGAUGCAGGCGGCCUACAAGCUCUCUGAGCACGCGGAUAUCUGCGACAGGCUCGAUCGAGAUGGCAGGCUCGCCCUUCCUCGUCACCUUCGCCAGCGCGCGCGCUGCACGUCGAAGACGCAGCGGGUCCGCUCAUUCGAUUCAAGGCGGAGCAUGAGUACAAGGUGAUCGCUGCGGCGCUCGAUUGGUGUGCACAUUUCCUCAUCAUAGCGCCGUGCAUCUCAUCAUUCGAUGACGGACAACUGACGGGCGAGCAUACCCAGCGACAACUUCGCAACCCGGUCGACAUUCUUGCGGACGCUGCUGCCUACAGCGACAGGCACCUCAGCGGCAAGAAGCCGAUGUCGGUGCUGCCAGA